AUGGCCCCCUUUGGGAAUAAAAGAGAUCUCAAAUCCCGUUGCAGAGUCAGUAGCACUGGCUGUCUGCAGUAGAGAUGGUUUUCGAUGAUUGUUUCAGAAAUUCCUUAUCAACAGAAAAUGAAUGAGAAGGGGAGUUUUCAGAAGAUAAAUGGAUUUGCAGACAACUAAUGCGAUCAUCAAAAUCACCAAGGAAAGCAAAGCAGCGAUUGGGGAAGCUGAGGCUGAAGUAGCAAGGGCAUUCCCCGCAGGCUGCUAUUUCAGUCACUGUGAAAGCCUGGUCACUGUCUUUGCCACGCAGAACGCAUCUCUGGGAACGCUGUCGAUCUGUGCCUCCAUCUUUUAAAGCUUUCCAUUUCUGUCUGGAUUUUGUCUUUAUGGGAGGCAGGAAUAAUAGUGAAUUGAAUGAAAUGGAGUAUAUAAAUGUCUAGCAUAGUCCUUGGCACAUAGAAAGUGCUCUAUAAUCAGUACUUCACAUCAAAUUCUGGGGACAAAUGAAAGUGAGUGCCUGGCACUGCACAUAGGAAGUGUAAUCGUCUUUUAAAGGAAAAGACGUGGCAGCAGACCAUCCUCCCAACAUGACGUGCUGCGUUGGUGCGUUUACGUCCCUGUUCCUUCUGAAAGACUCAAAAUUGUGUUGGAGCUACUGGUGCACGUUUGUAAGACCUGCACUAGUGACCACGCCACUGGGAAGGGCACUUCUUUAUGAAGUCGCCAUAUUCCCGGGGAGACUGGUCAACCCAUAGAAUGUGAAAUAAAGAAGCUAUAUGAAAAAAAAUUCCCCUUUGUCACGGAGAAAGAGAACUUGGUGAGACUGGGCAGCUGCAGGAGCCUCAGUUUUUCAGAUAACAGAGUAAAACUUGAGGGUACAUUUCCCUUUUUGUUUUAGGAAGUGCUGUAGAAGGGGGCAAAGAGAUCUUUGAUAUGAGAAGGUACUUCUUCAAAGCAGCAUCCUGCCUGAAAUAGCAUUGUUCUCUACGCUGAGAGAGGGGGAAAUGGGAAUUUGCUGUUCAACGGGUUUAAAGUUUCAGUUACCAGAGAUGAACAAGUUUGAGAGCUCUGCUGUGCCACAUCAUGCGUCUAUUCACCAAGACUGCGUUGUACACUUUUUUGUUAAAAGGGUAAAUCUCAUGUCAAAUGUUGUUACAACAAUUAAAAAACAAAACAAAACAAAACAAAAACUCUAGACCGUAUUUGCGGAAAGGCACUAACCGUACAUGUGCUCAGGAGCUCUUUUAUGUCUUCUUCACUCCAUGCUGUAGUUCAAUUUAGUUUUGCUUUGCAAGGAUCCUCGGAAAGUGUAUCAUCAGCAAUGACUUUUAUUUUAAAACUACAUGUGAACCACGGGGGAAAUCAUGAUCGACGCUGCUCAUUGUCCUUCCUCCCAGUGGGCUGUGAAUCCAACUCAUCCUGGGAGCAGGGUGCUCUCGCCGUCUGUUCCUCUCUGAGCUCAGUGCACAGAAGCAUUCUGCUUACCCAGCUGGGACUGCCGACUGCACCAUGGAGCACGCGGGUUGCCCGGCUCUCAGCAGCUACGCUGGAUUGUGUGCCACCUUUCUUACUGACUGAUUAUGAACUUAAAAAAAAAAAAUCACUCUGCUGCAGUGAAUUAUACAUUUAUUUUUAAGCAUUUAUUUCAACUCGAGAUGAGCGGUCUCUCCUGUAAAUUUCUCCCUGCUGGAUCUUUGCUCUGGUUUCUGAUGACAUAGUGUGAGUGCCGGCAGCCACGAGCUUCAGAAGGAAAAUUACAAAGCGAAUGCCCAGUAAAUAAUGUAUUGCCUUUUGCAUCAGUAGCCUGCUUGGGAAUGUUCAGAUUAUCAGCCCAGGAGACUCCAGUGCUGUGGACAUGGGUCUGACCGAGUUGGUCACCUAGGGGCUACUGAGAACGCGGGGCUCUGUCCACCAUGGAGCCCUUGUGUCCACUCCUGCUGGUGGGUUUUAGCUUGCCGCUCGCCAGGGCUCUCAGGGGCAACGAGACUACUGCCGACAGCAACGAGACCACCACGACCUCAGGCCCUCCGGACCCAGGCGCCUCCCAGCCACUGCUGGCCUGGCUGCUACUGCCGCUGCUGCUGCUCCUCCUCGUGCUCCUUCUCGCCGCCUACUUCUUCAGGUUCAGGAAGCAGAGGAAAGCUGUGGUCAGCGCCAGCGACAAAAAGAUGCCCAACGGAAUCUUGGAGGAGCAAGAGCAGCAAAGGGUGAUGCUGCUCAGCAGGUCACCCUCGGGGCCCAAGAAGUACUUUCCCAUCCCUGUGGAGCACCUGGAGGAGGAGAUCCGUAUCAGAUCCGCCGACGACUGCAAGCAGUUUCGGGAGGAGUUCAACUCAUUGCCAUCUGGACACAUACAAGGAACUUUUGAACUGGCAAAUAAAGAAGAAAACAGAGAAAAAAACAGAUAUCCGAACAUCCUUCCCAAUGACCAUUCUAGGGUGAUUCUGAGCCAAGCGGAUGGAACUUCCUGUUCGGACUACAUCAAUGCUUCCUACAUAGAUGGUUACAAAGAGAAGAAUAAAUUCAUAGCAGCUCAAGGCCCCAAACAGGAAACGGUGAACGACUUCUGGAGAAUGGUCUGGGAGCAAAAGUCUGCGACCAUCGUCAUGUUAACGAACUUGAAAGAAAGGAAAGAGGAAAAGUGCCAUCAGUACUGGCCCGACCAAGGCUGCUGGACCUAUGGAAACAUCCGGGUGUGCGUGGAGGACUGCGUGGUUUUGGUCGACUACACCAUCCGGAAGUUCUGCAUACAGCCACAGCUCCCCGACGGCUGCAAAGCUCCCAGGCUGGUCUCACAGCUGCACUUCACCAGCUGGCCCGACUUCGGAGUGCCUUUUACCCCCAUUGGGAUGCUGAAGUUCCUCAAGAAAGUAAAGACGCUCAACCCCGUGCACGCUGGACCCAUCGUGGUCCACUGUAGCGCGGGCGUGGGCCGGACGGGCACCUUCAUUGUGAUCGAUGCCAUGAUGGCCAUGAUGCACGCGGAGCAGAAGGUGGAUGUGUUUGAAUUUGUGUCUCGAAUCCGUAAUCAGCGCCCUCAGAUGGUUCAAACGGAUAUGCAGUACACAUUCAUCUACCAAGCCUUACUCGAGUACUACCUCUAUGGGGACACAGAGCUGGACGUGUCCUCCCUGGAGAAGCACCUGCAGACCGUGCAUGGCACCACCACCCACUUCGACAAGAUAGGGCUGGAGGAGGAGUUCAGGAAAUUGACAAAUGUCCGGAUCAUGAAGGAGAACAUGAGGACGGGCAACUUGCCGGCAAACAUGAAGAAGGCCAGGGUCAUCCAGAUCAUCCCGUAUGACUUCAACCGAGUGAUCCUUUCCAUGAAAAGGGGUCAGGAAUACACAGACUACAUCAACGCAUCCUUCAUAGAUGGCUACCGACAGAAGGACUAUUUCAUCGCCACCCAGGGGCCACUGGCACACACGGUUGAGGACUUCUGGAGGAUGAUCUGGGAAUGGAAAUCCCACACUAUUGUGAUGCUGACGGAGGUGCAGGAGAGAGAGCAGGAUAAAUGCUACCAGUAUUGGCCAACCGAGGGCUCAGUUACUCAUGGAGAAAUAACGAUAGAGAUAAAGAAUGAUACCCUUUCAGAAGCCAUCAGUAUACGAGACUUCCUGGUCACUUUCAAUCAGCCCCAGGCCCGCCAGGAGGAGCAGGUCCGAGUAGUGCGCCAGUUUCACUUCCACGGCUGGCCUGAGAUCGGGAUUCCCGCCGAGGGCAAAGGCAUGAUCGACCUCAUCGCAGCCGUGCAGAAGCAGCAGCAGCAGACGGGCAACCACCCCAUCACCGUGCACUGCAGUGCCGGAGCUGGGCGAACAGGUACAUUCAUAGCUCUCAGCAACAUUUUGGAGCGAGUAAAAGCCGAGGGACUUUUAGAUGUAUUUCAAGCUGUGAAGAGUUUACGACUUCAGAGACCACAUAUGGUGCAAACCCUGGAACAGUAUGAAUUCUGCUACAAAGUGGUACAAGAUUUUAUUGAUAUAUUUUCUGACUAUGCUAAUUUCAAAUGAAGAUUCCUGCCUUAAAAUAUUUUUUAAUUUAAUGGCUCACAGGGAAUCAGGCUUCUCACCCACUCCAUGGCUUCGAGCCCCAUCCAAGGGCAAGACUUGGUGCCCAGCUGGAAGGACGAAAGCACACGGUGACUGCCAUCCUCACCAGCUGCACGCCUGGGCUGCACACUGCUGAAUGUGCUCUUCUUCUCUGUACAAGGAUACAGCAUCUCGGUGGAAGAGGAAAAUGGAGCUUUUUGAGGUUCACCAGGUCCCUUUUGUUUUCAUCGUUAAAAUUCCAAACCCAAAGCCUUUUUUUGACUGAAGGAGAAGAGAGGGAAGUAAGUUUCUGUUCAGCACCUGAACCUAGAAACAGAGCCAGCUUGCUACAAUGAAGGUGACAUUUCUCUGGUCAUUUAUUUGAGAGUUCGAAGUCAAAGUAGAGGGGCACAGGCUUUGGUUCAUGUCUAGGAGCCCUCUGUCAGAAUCCUUGAAGCCCUUUAAUGGUCUAACUGGCAUCUCUUGUAUCAAGAAGUACCUUUAAGUUAGACCUUUCCAGGGUGCCCUCAGGAAAGGGCCCUGCUCACGUUUUUUCCUGUCCCCUUAGACCAACCCCAGGUGUCCGCUGCAGGGGUUCUGCCUGUUCCCAAGCCUUUUCCAUUCCAGGAACAAAGGAGAAGCCACUUUCCCCAGGACAAAGGACUCUCCCUUCCGCUGUCUGGAGCAGCAUUCUCCUUUAGAGGGGAAGUCAUUACAGUCUCAUGGCCUCUACCAAGGUCCCAGUUCACACAAUCGCCUGGGCCUUAGAGCAACUCACGCUGGGGGAGUCAACCCCUGGGGGACUCCGUAUCUUCUCUGUGCAACCUGGAAAGUUCAUCUCUUCUUUCCUUCGGUCAAAGAAAGUCCAUUGUACAUAACAAAACAGCCCCAAACAGCCCAGUGCCGACACCGUUGUUCCUUUCACAUUUUCCUUUGUUGCAUGCAGUUGGGUUCAAAUGCCAAAUAGUGAUUAGAAGACGACCAUUCUGAUCUGUGUGUGAUCUGGUCACUGUGUGACUGCCUUUACGGUUUCUCUCCAUGUGCUAUACGAGUGAAGAAUGCAUACCGGUGUUUCAAAAGGUAUUUUUAUGUGUUUUUAGACACUUUUUAAAAUGAGCCUGACACCUGUGUUUCAGCAUUUGGAGACAUAUCCAUGUUAUUCUUUUAAGUGUAUGAUUACGGAUACUUUUUCGUUUGUUUGUUUAACCAAGUUGUGUUUAAUUUAUGUGCAAUCUUUAUAAUAUAUGUAUGUUAUUACAGUUUCAACUAUCAUAUUUUCUUUGAUUACAUUUAUAAUUUGAUCUUGCUCUGAUUAUAAUGCCAGUGAAUGUUGCUGAAUUCUUUGUAUAUGCAAAUUGCAAGAUUUAAACCAUUCUGAUGCAAGGAUAAACCUUUACUUUGACUACCA